AUGCCUCAAAGUCUCCCGACGCCGUUAUUCCUACAACAGGCGUUGAUUCAAACACUCCGAACCUUGGUCACAUGGCUGCGCUUUGUGCUCGUGGCGUUUGUGUGGCUAGGCUGGCUGCCAUGGUCGAUGCGAGCAAUUUGGAGGGCGCUGUUCUGGCUCGCUGACGGCCGCUGGUCGGCUGGUGGGACGGUUCAGCAACGAGGCGCACAAUCUAUUCAGGAUGGUGUCGAGCAAUGGGCUGUUAAUGGCACGGCAGCUGCUACUGCUGCGCUCAGCUCGAUGACCUCGAGCGCUUCGAGUGCCGCCUCUUCCUCUGCCAUAGCUGCCCCGUCGGCGCAGGCUGCUACCAUCAGCUUCCCAGCUGGAGAUCCGCUCAUGCUUACCUUUAUCAAGAAAAUUAUCCCGAGUUUGUUUAUGCCUGCGUGGACAUCCAGCGGCAGCGAGAGCGGCGCUCACACAAAUGGUCUUUCCGGCUCACCUAAGCCCCGGUAUCCGUCUUGGCUGUCGGAUGUGAAGUUUCUCAAUAAUUUGACUCGUUGGCCGACAAUCAACAACAUGAUCAUCGAUACCCUGGAAGGUCAACUCAUCACUCUACUCGUGGUUGUUGCUUUUAUUCUUUUGUUCCUGAUCCGAGAAUGGGUUGUUCAACAGCAGCCCAUGGCCAACAUUGCUGAAGGAGAGCGCGAAGCAGCAUUGCAGCUGAUCGCCAACAAUCGCCCUAAUGAGGAAGUUCGAGGAGUCCGUCCGGACCUUGUGCCGCCUCACCCCCACGAGGAUUUUGAACCAGAACAGAAUUUGCUAGUCGAGGACGACAACGACAACGAUGUACCUGAUCGUUCUGCCAACCAUUCUCCUGCACCCUCCUGGACCGACUCUGACGAUGGACUCCCGGUGUACGAUAGACAAGCCGGUUUCCAGGAUGACGAUUUUCCAAAUCCGUUCCAGAAUGGUCAUCAUAUGGAAUUCGACCAUUCAGAGCGCCAACAGCCGACCAACUCACAGCAUUCAGAUGUGUCCCUGUUUCAAAAUAUCCUCGCUCGUGCAAACGGCGAUCGCGAUGAGAUCUUGCGUAUCAUUCGACAAGAAGGUCAUGAACAGGAACUUAGUUGGAUCGUUGAUGCACUUACCAGGGCCCCCGUUGACCAACCACUGCCUGGGCCAUCCACCCACGCAACGGGGCUAUUCCAGACUCAACCCGCAACUGCUCACCAGACAUUGGAUCCGGAGGGUGAAAAUGCCGAUGUACAAUCACAAGCUGAUGAGCCAAUCGCCGGGCAUGAUACCCACAACGAUCAACCCGUGGCAACCGGAGAGGACGAAAACCAAAAUCAUGUUCCAAUUGAACAUCACCCUGCAAAGAAUGUGGGUGAUCGCUUAAUCAAUUGGUUCUGGGGUGAUAUUGGAGCAGAUCCUCAUGAUCAUGAGGACCAACCCCUAGAAGACGACGAGCAGAUCAUGCAAGAUCCAGCCCUGGAGGAUCCGUUUGUCCCUGUCCCAAACAGACUGGAUGGGCCUCCCGCCGACGGGCCGGGCUUGGGAGGAGCCGCACCCGAUGGAGCGCUUGAAGGCAACGACGCGGAUGCAAUCGAGGGUGAUGAUUUCGAAGGGAUUAUGGAUCUCAUCGGCAUGCAAGGUCCCAUCUUUGGACUUUUGCAGAAUGGGGUAUUCUGUGCCCUCCUGAUCGCAUUCACGGUCGCUAUUGGCAUUUGGCUUCCCUACUUAUGGGGCAAGAUUGCCCUUGUUCUUUUGGCCAACCCUCUGGAACUCAUCGUCGGUGUUCCUAUGACUGCACUCACCGUGGUUGCAGAUAUUGUGUAUGAUACUCUUAUUGGAGUUGUGGGCUACGUCAUGUAUUGGCUGAGCUUCAUCUUCAAGGUCCUUCUCAGUCCAUUUGGUGCUCUGGUCCCUGCCCUCGAGUGGAUUCCUCGAAACAAAUCUAUCACUAGCACAUCGCUGUCUCUGAUUGACAAGAGUACCAACCGGUUGAAUAAGGUUAUCAAGGCGUUCCUGGUAUUCCACGAGUCUGAUAUACCCAUGUUCUCAGUGCUCUCGCACCAAGCUCUCAAGCUACACCAGGCACGUGUGAUGACUCUCUUCCGAUCUGUAUUUGCUGUCCUGAAAUUCGUUCUACACGACUUCCCUCUCCGCGUCAUUACCCUCGGGGUCCCCAAGGCACUGUCCUUUGAUGUCGACUUCUCUCAGCUCAAAAAUGCUACAGUUCAAGCACAGCAUUACAUCGGUAACUUUACAAAGUCGUCGAUUUUUGCCAGCCCGGGGACCAAGCUCAUGAAUGCAACUGCUGCCCGAACAGCUUCUACAAACGUGGCGGUUGACUACGAUCUGGCUGUAUGGGACACUAAAGAUCGCGUCAUCGCUAUUGCGAUGGGAUAUCUCCUAGCAAUCAUGAUGGGCUUCUUGUACCUACGAAUCACCGGAUUGCUCGCCGGGGCCAACCGUGGCCAGCGAAUUGAAGGAGUUGUUGCAGAGGUGCUUCUACAAGCCGGAGGAGUUAUGAAAGUCAUUCUCAUCAUUGGUAUCGAGAUGAUUAUCUUCCCUCUGUACUGUGGUACACUGUUGGAUGUCGCCUUGCUACCUUUGUUCUCCGAUGCGACCAUCUCAUCGCGGAUCGCCUUCACAAUCGGGUCUCCACUAACUUCGCUCUUCGUGCACUGGUUCAUUGGUACUUGUUAUAUGUUCCAUUUUGCCUUGUUCGUGUCUAUGUGCCGGAAGAUUCUGCGGACUGGCGUUCUCUAUUUCAUCCGUGAUCCGGAUGACCCGACUUUCCAUCCCAUCCGCGACGUCCUCGAGCGCAGUAUUACCACACAGCUGCGAAAAAUUGGGUUCAGUGCUUUGGUAUAUGGUGCCUUAGUAAUUGUCUGCCUAGGUGGCGUUGUAUGGGGUCUGUUUUAUGCAUUCACCGGCGUUCUUCCUAUCCAUUGGUCUGCCAGUGCCCCGAUGCUCGAGUUCCCGGUGGACCUGCUGUUCUACAAUUUCGUCAUGCCGUUGGCAAUCCAAUCUGUCAAACCUUCAGAUGGACUACACGACUUGUACGACUGGUGGUUCCGCAAGUGCGCCCACUUCCUGCGCCUGAGCAACUUCUUCUUCCCCGAGAGACACCCUGAAGAAGAAGGGCGCCAUGUCCGGCGAUCCUGGUGGGGUCUACUGUUUGGAAGCAAGGGUGACUGGGAACACCCGGUCAUCGGAGAUGCACAGCAGGCUGCCGCCGAAGAAGAAAACCGGGACGUUUAUUUCUUACGAGACGGCCGGUAUGUCCGGGCCCCUGCUUCCGACCAAGUCCGGAUCCCCAAAGGCACGCAGGUAUUCUUGGACGUGACCGAGGACAAUGAUCGUGUUGAUGGACUGCCUGAUUCGGACGAUGGGCUUCAUGGCCGUGCCAAUCCCUCGUUCUCGAAAGUCUACAUCCCCCCGCACUUCCGCACGCGCAUUGCUGCCUUUAUCCUUUUCAUCUGGCUGUUUGCCGCCACCACCGGGGUAGGCAUCACCGUUGUACCACUGAUCAUUGGACGCAAGAUCACCUCGGUGUGCUUUUCCAGUCCGGUCCCCGUCAACGAUAUCUACGCCUUCUCGAGUGGCCUCUCUGUGGUUGGUGCCCUCGCCUACACCGCAUACUAUUGCCGGGCAGCCGUUCAAUUCCUCCGCGAGCACUGGGGAACGUAUCUGCAGUCCCCGCGGGAGCUGGGCUUACUCAUUGCCAACAUCAUGCUCGAUGCAGCCCGACUUGUGUAUAUUGCGAUCGCUCUGGUCGUUGUGCUCCCCUCGCUCUUUGCAUUGUUGACCGAGUUGUACAUUCUCAUCCCGGCGCAUACCUUCAUCGGCGAUGAAACGGAUCACGUGGUACACGUUGUUCAAGACUGGACGCUGGGGGUGCUCUACGUGCAAAUGGCCAUCAAGCUUACCCUGUGGCACCCUCACUCCUGGCCCGCGGCCGUGCUCAAUGGCAUCUUCCGUGAUGGGUGGUUCAAGCCCAACGUGCAAUUGGCGACUCGAGCUCUGAUUCUGCCGCUGGCCCUGUUCACCGCCGCGGCAGUCGCCGCCCCGCUAUCAUUGGGUGGGAUACUGCGAUGGACCCUUUUCUAUACGCGUGUUGAGGCGCAGCCCGAGAUCUAUCGCUAUGCCUACCCUGCGACCUUGUUAGUCGUCCUGGCCGCGUGGUCUGUCCACCUGGCCUUGCGACGGGUGGCGGUCUGGCGCAUCAAUAUCCGCGACGAUGUCUAUCUGAUCGGCGAGCGGUUGCAUAACUUUAGCGAGAAGCGGGCGCGGGACGUCGGUGUGUCGCGGCGGGUAAUUACGGGCUAA